UACUACUAUGUUUUUUUUCUGGAGUGAUAGCCAGUUAAUUGGAAUUUGGAAUGAGUUUUACUUUUAAUUCAGAUGAUUGACAGCAAAGUAUCAGUUGCUGAUGGUUAAACUACUUCUUGUGAUUAUUAACCUAGUUCUGUAAAGUCUCUUUGGUGGAAUGGAGAUAGUUUGGAUAUAUUUGGUGGUUUGAUCAAAAUAUGCAACUUCUUUAAUGGAAACUGAUAGUUGUAAAUCCCAAUGCUGUAAAUCCCAUGUUUCAGGCUGUUUCCAUUUAUCAGGUUCAUUAACCUGAUGCUCAAAUCCUGAAGUCUGUGCAUGGUUGAGGGUGUCAGUAAAAAUGCUUUAUUCCUUGUAUUUCAUUAUUGUUAUUUACUUUAGAUUUGCGACUGAUCUUGGUUCUGCAGCAAAAUUUACAGCGGAAAGUUGUUUCCUGCAUGUGCUGCUUGGAUUAUCCUGACGAUGUUGGACUGGCAUAAUAUUAGUGAGAAGAUGUACCGUAACAAAGCGCCUAUCGUUCAAAGUUCUACUUCUGGUAAUGCACCAAGUAAUCAAUCACAUGCAGAAUUAUUAAAAAAGAAACGUUCUCAUGCAGAAACUAGUUAUCUGCCAUACAUGAAUUCUGCAAGGAAUGGAUCCGGUUCUAAUCCGAGUACAAAACGUACUCGUCUGCAAACUUCCAAUCAAGAAUGCCAAAAUUCUGUAGCAGAUGGACUGAAUUCUAGUAGUACUGUUGUCACCACAGAACGAACUACUACUGGUAUUAGAGUUAGUGCACGUCUUCAGCAACAAAGUGUUAAUGAUCAGCCAGUGGUAAACACCAUAGCUGAAGAACGAGAUGAUAAUGUGAUGUUAGAUAUUAAUCAGGAGCCUCCUCCAGGUACAACCAAAAAGGUGCGAGGGAAGACAAGAGGAGUGAAUGCAGAUAAGGUGUUCUCCCAAUUGAAUUCUAAAAUACUUGUGACUCUGACCGAAGAAAAUGGCAGACCUACGGGCCCUUAUGCUGAGAUGUUUGCAAAUGAAAUUGGUUACACAAUUCGAAACUACACCCCACUGAAUGUGGGAAAAUGGAAGAAGAUUGAAAAAGCAGAUGUGGAGAACUUGAUCAAAAGAAUGCAGUUUUCAACAAUUGAGGAGGCAAUUGAAAACAAACAUGAAGCUGUCAAGACUCAGGAAGAAUGGGAGUUUCUUUGCACUCAUUUUUCUAGUGAAAAGUUUAAGAUUCGCUCAGAGAAGAAUGUUCUUAAUAGGUCAAAGUUGACAUAUCACCACAAAGCUGGGUCAAAAUCAUUUAUGUCACACCAAGAGCAAAUUGCAACACAGACUGGAGAGAUGCAAGGUGCAAUUGAUCGUUUUGAAACAGAGUAUAGAAGUACAAAAAAAGGAUGAGACUUGGGAGCAAAGGAAAAAUGGGAUCAAAUGAUAAAGAUACGAGCAGAUACCACUCAACCUGAUGGAACUCGAACAAUGACAGAUGAGAAAAUUUGUGCAAAAGUUCUUAAAGUCAAAUCAGGCUACAUUAAGGGAUAUGGUUUUGGCCCUAGACCACCACCAUUAAGGUUCUCUCGUUCUUCGAUGAGUGAAAUGUCUGAAAAGAAUAAAGAGUUGCAAGAACAGCUUCAAGAGACCCAACAACUUGUAGGAA